CAAUCUCUUUGGAGCCACGUCUCUCUGCUACCCAAAUCUCUCAACAUCCGAUUAUUCCUUUCCACCUCUCACCUCUCUCCUCCUUUUCAUCGAACAGCUCUCAAAAUUCCCAAUUUUCCCUAAGAAAAAACCCUAACUCCAUCUCCACAUUUACGCAACAUGUCAUUCGAUGAAGAAGAGUCCUUCGAACACACCCUCCUCGUGGUCCGCGAAGUCACUGUCUACAAAAUCCCGCCUCGUUCCACCUCCGGUGGUUACAAAUGCGGUGAGUGGCUCCAAUCCGACAAGAUCUGGUCGGGUCGGCUCCGGGUCGUGUCUUGCAAGGACCGAUGCGAGAUCCGAUUGGAGGAUCCCAACUCGGCUGAGCUAUUCGCCGCUUGUUUUAUCUACCCUGGCCAGCGCGAGAGUUCCGUAGAGCCCGCGCUCGAUUCUUCCCGGUACUUCGUGCUCAAGAUUGAGGACGGGAAUGGGAAACACGCCUUCAUUGGGCUCGGGUUUAAUGAGCGGAACGAGGCGUUUGAUUUCAACGUGGCCUUGUCUGAUCACGAUAAGUAUGUUAGCAGAGAGAACGAGAAAGAGGCCAGUGAGAAAAAUGCGACUGAUUCUCUUAUUGAUAUUCAUCCGGCUGUUAAUCAUCGAUUGAAGGAAGGUGAGACCAUUCGGAUUAAUAUUCAGCCCAAGCCAUCUAGUGGAACUGGCAUGCUUUCAGCUGCUGCAUUGUCAGGGGCGGUUCUAAAGCCUAAUACUUUGUGCCUUGCCCCGCCGCCUGCUGGUUCGGGAAAGAUAAGAUCUCCUCUCCCACCCCCUCCCAAUGACCCUGCAGCUGCUCGGAUGACAUCUACCAGUCAAGGUGUUGGUCAAAGAGCACCCACCGAAAACACAAGACAAACUGACCCUUUAACAAACCUUUCUCAACUUGAGAGGAAUCUUCCUGCUAGUGGAUCUGGAUCUAGGAAGACCACUGCAUCAGGAUGGGCGGCUUUCUAAUAGUACGAGUAUUUGGUCAGUAUGUAAGAUCUUUUGUUCCAUGUUUUGGAUAUAUGAAAAAGAUGAAGAAAGAAAGAAAGAAAUUUAAAAAAAAGGAAGGACAAGGUACCGAAUACUUCCAUGUUUCCAAUAUCAUAUUGAUGUCCCUUUUCCCUUGCUUGGACUUGCAUGUUAUUGUUUUACACUAUUUAAGUAUAUCAGAGAAAUUUAUUAUUUUUAUGUAUAAAUUGAUACAUGGCUGACUUGUCAAUGAGUGCAAUAAUCAUUGUAUUCUUGUCA